AUGCAAGCACCGCUAAGCUUUCUGAUGAGAAUAUUUUCUUUUUCCAUUCCACGGGCUGUGUUUCUACAACAAUCUCGAAGAGGACUAGUACCAGAUUUGAAGGACAACGUAGGAACUGGAAGGCAUUCAUCAUUCUGCCUUUGUGGAAUGGACGACGUUUUAUCAGUAUCCGGUCAAAAUCCCUAUUCCAUCGGUACGUGUCAGAUGAUGGUCGGUGCAAUGGAGAAUUAUGAAGACCUCAUUGUCACAAUCUUUUCCCGGGAACUAUCCACACUGGGCUUCGUCUCAAAUUUCAAAGAACUGAUAAAAUACUUUAAGCCACUAGCACCUUCGCCAGCUGAUACAUUCAAUAAAUUUACAAAAAACGCCCCUAAUUCAAUCGUUUGA